AUGUUCUUUGCGUCUAUCUUCACCAUUCUCACUCUCGUGGCAUUUCUGUGGCCCACAGCAGCGAUGCCCUAUCCGUCAGUCAAAGUCUACACUCGCGACCUCCCUGGUGGAGACGGAGAGGCGGGCAUCUUCGGUGACAGCCAGCGCACGCGCAUGAGCAGAGACAACGGCCCGGAAUCAAGCUAUGCUCGCGCUCUACCGCACUGGAAUGCUGAAGGGAGUCUCCUUGGCGGAAGCGAGCAUACACGCAAGCGCUCGGACGGCGGUAUGCACGGCGAUGGCUCGAAUGGCAUGUUCUUUGUACGCACCGCGAUGGACGGCUAG